AUGCCCUCGAAGGAGAAAAAAACACAGCAGUCACAAGAAACCGAAGAGGACGACGAUGACGGUGAGGAGAAGAAAUCAAAGUUGAGACGGAAAGCCAAGAUCAGCGUGACAGAUUGUGGCAGUAAAAAGAAGAAACAGAAAUCCAACGAGGACACAGAAUCAGUCAGCGAUGCGCCUGAUGUGAGAAAGAGUGACCGAAGAGAGAAGAAGAAGAAGAAGAAGAACUCUAAACAGAAAGAUGAAGAGGAAGUGAACAGCAGCAGUGAAGAUGAAGGUGACAGACACAAGAAGGGACGUAAAAGCCUUCCAGAUGUCGUUCAAGUGACGCCUGACCCUAAAAAGAGCAGGAAAAGGAGGUCACGGGAGAAAGAGCCUGACGAGAACAUCAUGGGAUCCAAAGACAAGAAAUCUAAAGAGGAGGGGAAAAAAAAGAAGAAAGCUGAGAAAGAGGAAUCAGAGCAGGAGGAAGAUGAUGACUCGCAGAAGAAGAAAAAGAAGAAGUCCAAGAAAGGGGCGACUGAAAGUGAUGAUGAAGGGAAGAAAGGAAAAGGCAAGAAGAAGAAAUCAAAAAUUGUUGAUUAUGUUGAGAUCUAUGAGAAUGAACUGAAAAACUAUGAGUCUGAAAAAGUGGAGAACUAUGAAGAUGAAUACCACAAGAAGAAAGUGUAUGAGGUGGUGACCAUUACUGGAGAUGUGAAUGGAGCGGGUACAGAUGCCAAUGUCUUCAUCACACUCUUUGGAGAAUAUGGCAUCACACCCAAGUUGCAUCUUGCCAGCAAGAAUCGAACAGCGUUUGAAAAAAACAAAACCGAUGUCUUCCGCAUAAAAACACACAAUGUUGGACCUUUGAAAAAAAUUAGGAUUGAACAUGAUAAUACGGGCCUGAACGCCAGCUGGUUUCUGGACCGCGUCAUCGUCACGGACAUGAACAGACCACAUUUACGUUUCUACUUCGCCUGCAACAACUGGCUGAGCAGAAAUGAGGGCGACGGCCUAUUUGUUCGUGACCUCCUCGGCACUCUCGACCCCAUGGACAUGCCCAAAUAUAAUAAAUAUGUUGUGAGUGUUUUCACGGCAGAUGUGAAAGGCAGUGGGACAGACGCUGAUGUCUUCCUCAAUAUAUUUGGGGAAAAUGGUGAUACAGGAGAGAGACGUUUAGACAAUGAUAAAAACAACUUUGAGAGAGGAACAGAAGAUAAAUUCACCAUAGAGGCGCCAAAUCUAGGAAGAGUGAGAAAAAUCACAAUUGGACACAAUAACAAAGGCUCUUCGGCUGGAUGGUUUGUAGAAAAGGUGAUUGUGGAUGAUUUGGGAAACAAGAGUGUGUAUGAAUUCCCAAUCAGCCGGUGGUUUGCCAUCGAUGAAGAUGAUGGAAAAAUACAGAGAGAUAUUUUGGUUGGAGGGAGUCAACCAACUGGUAUUGUGUAUAAUGUUCAGGUGGUGACUGGGAAUGUCAGAGGUGCUGGUACCAACUCCAAAAUCCAUGCAAUCAUGCACGGUUCUAAAGGCAUGAAGAACAGCGGGAAGAUAUUCCUGGAGGGAGGAAAGUUUGAGCGCGGUCUCACCGACAUCUUUAACGUGGAGAUCGCAGCUCUGCUCAGUCCUUUGAGUCGAGUGACGAUCGGUCAUGAUAAUGGAGGAGUCAGUGCUGGCUGGUACUGUGAGAAGGUGGUCGUGUUUUGUCCAUUCACUGGAAUCGAACAGACGUUCCCCUGCUCCAAAUGGCUGGAUGAGAAUGAAGGUGAUGGAAUAAUCGAGAGAGAACUGUAUGAGAUGGUCUCACUGAGACAGAAGAGACAAAAGAAGCAUCCGUGGUCUCUCUGGAUCUGGACAUCUGAUAUUUCUGGAGCUGGAACCGACGCGUCUGUCUUACUGCAGAUAUACGGAGAAAAGGGAAAGUCUGAUGAGAUGAGACUCGACAAUAAAACAGAUAACUUUGAGCAGGGCCAGCUCGAUAAGUUUAUGAUUGAACUACCAGAUCUUGGGAAACUGACAAAACUGAGAAUUUGGCACGAGAAGAGAAAUCCGUUUGCUGGCUGGCAUUUAAGUCGAAUCUCCAUAAUGAAAACGUUAACAAAGGAAAUGUUUAAAUUCCCAUGUGAGCGCUGGUUGGACACUAAUGAAGAUGAUAACGAGGUGGUGCGAGAACUUCCAGCCACAGGAGAACUGAUUCCAGAACCUCUGCCAGUUAUAAAGUAUCGAGUGACCGUCUACACGGGGAACGUUAGUGGCAGUGGGACUGACGCUUCUGUCUUUCUGUGUCUGAUCGGUGACCAUGGCGACACGGGUGACCGUGUCCUAGUCAACUGCAAGAACAAUGUUAACAAGUUUGAGAAGGGCAACGCCGACGAGUUCAUUAUUGAGGCGGUGUGUAUCGGUCAGGUGCGCAGGGUGAGAAUCGGUCAUGAUGGGCGGGGCGGAGGCUGCGGUUGGUUCCUGGAUAAAGUGGUCAUCAGAGAGGAGGGGCAAGCUGAGUCACAGGCUGUAGAAUUCCCAUGUGACAGAUGGCUUGACCGCAAUGAAGACGACGGCCAGAUUGUUCGUGAGCUGGUGCCAUUCGCAGAUGGACAAAGACUUUACAAUGUCAGCUAUCACAUCGCAGUGAAGACGGGGAAUGUCAGCGGAGGAAGUUCAGACUCUAAAGUGUUUGUGAAGUUCUAUGGUGAGAAGGGAGACACCAGCAGAAUGAUGCUCGUGGUCUCCGACAACAACCUGCGUAAUUACUUUGAGACUGGACGGGUCGAUAUUUUCACUGUUGACACUUUAGAUAUUGGGCAGAUCAACCGCCUCAUGAUCGGUCACACUAAUGAGGGAAUGCGUGCCGGUUGGUUUCUGGACAGCGUUCAGAUCAUGGUGCCCAAUCACGGCAGACACUACAUGUUCCCCAGUCACCGCUGGCUGUGCAGAGAUGAGGCUGAUGGGAAAACUGAAGUGGAGAUUUACCCCAGUGAAAUACUCGAUGUGGAACAAUUAAUAAACUAUGAGAUUACCGUGGUAACGGGGGACAUCUGGGCAGGUGGCACAAACGCUAAUGUUUUUAUCCAGAUAUAUGGAGAUCAGGGAAAGUCUGAAGUCCUCAGUCUGGGGAGCAGGUCAAAUAAUUUUGAAAGAGGAACAACAGAGAUAUUCAAGGUUGAAGCUAAAGAUGUUGGAAAAAUCUUCAAGGUCCGUGUUGGUACUGACGGCGCGGGCAUCGGUUCUGGCUGGUUUCUGGAGAGGGUGGAGAUCAAGCGCCUAGGUGGUGAGGAAGAGAUGCGAGAGGUGGUGAUGACGUAUUUAUUCCCCUGCGAUCGCUGGCUGGCAUCUGAUGAAGAGGAUGGAGAGAUGGUGGUAGAACUUCUACCAGAAGACAAUGAAGAACUGGAGGAAAACACAUAUGAGGUCAACGUGUUCACGGGUAAUAUGAUGGGAGCUGGAACCGAUGCCAAUGUUUUCAUCAACAUCUAUGGCGAGAACGGAGACACUGGAGAGAGACCCCUGAGAAAAUCAAACCAUCUGAACAAAUUUGAGCGUGGACAGGAGGACAAUUUCUCCAUCACUGCAGUUGAACUGGGACCUCUGAAGAAACUGAGGAUUCGUCAUGACAACAGCCAUCAGUCGGCCUGGUAUCUGGACAGGGUGGAAAUCGUGGACACUAAAGAUGACACCACGUAUUACUUCCCCUGUAAUCGCUGGCUGGCAGUUGAUGAAGAUGACGGUCAGAUCGCACGAGAGCUCGUUCCCGUGGAUGAGGCCUUCAUGAGGAAGGAUGAUGAUGAGGAGGAGUCCGGGGCCACACUGGGCUUGGAGCAGAAAGCCAUGUCAACAACAUACACAAUGAGAAUCAAAACAGGAGAAAAGAAGCACGCGGGAACAGACGCCAACGUCUUCGCAAUUCUAUAUGGAGAAAAUGACGACACAGGAAUCAUCAACCUGAAAGCCUCUAAAUCACAUAAAAACAAGUUUGAGAAGGGAAUGAUCGAUGUAUUUACCGUGGAGGCUGUUGACCUCGGAGAACUUCAGAAACUGAGAAUUGGCCACGAUAACGCAGGAGGAUCAUCUGGUUGGUUUUUGGACUGGGUGGAGAUUGAUGCUCCGUCUCAGGGCCAGAGACUUCGGUUCCCAUGCGGCCGCUGGCUGGAUUCAGGAGAAGAUGAUGGAGCGGUGGUGAGAGAUCUGUAUCCUGCUGACCUGCAGACUGAACUUUAUACUCCAUUUGUUCCGUACGAGAUCACGACCUUCACGAGUGAUGUGUUCGCCGCGGGGACCGACGCUAAUGUCUUCAUCGUCCUCUACGGACAGAAUGGCUUGUGCUCGCAGCAGAAGUAUCUUUGUGUUAAUAAAAGAGAACGACGCUUGUACUUUGAGAGAGGAGCUGAAGACAUGUUCAUCGUGGAGCUGGAAGAUGUAGGAGACAUCAUCGAGAAGAUACGUAUCGGACAUGAUAACAGAGGAACAAACCCGGGCUGGCACCUGGACAGAGUGGAAAUCAGAAGACUUUUAAGAAAAGGAAAGGGUUCAGAGACGACUAUAUUCCCCUGCGAGCGCUGGCUGGCGAAGUCUGAAGAUGACGGGGAGACGGUGAGAGAACUCGUGCCCUCUGACAUCAUCACUGAGAAACUGCUGAGAGACGGGACGCUCAAACACAACGAGAUCGAGGUGGAGGAUGCUCUGGAGACUCACACGUAUCAGGUGUCGGUGCGGACGGGUGACAUGCACGGAGCUGGCACUGAUGCCAACGUGUUUCUCACCAUCUAUGGAGAUCUGGGUGACACUGGAGAACGCAAACUCAGUAAAUCAGAGAGCAGCAGUAACAAGUUCGAGAGAGGAGCAGUUGAUAAGUUCAGUAUAGAGGCUGUGGAUCUCGGUCAGGUGUUUAAGAUCAAAAUACGUCAUGAUAACUCGCUGGCGGCUGCAGACUGGUAUCUGGAUCAGGUGGAGGUGGUGGACGUGGAUACAGAAGAGGUUUACAUGUUCCUGUGUGAACGAUGGCUCUCCAGAAAGAAAGAAGACAAGCGCAUUGAGAGAACUUUCUAUGUCAAGGGCUAUGAGGGUGACAGGAAUCCUCACAAUGUGAAGAAGAACAUGCAGAAUUGUAAAGCCGGUCUGGACAGCAACAUGAACAAGAAGAAAAAGAAGAAAAAGGCCGUUACAAUGGAAGAGGGUCCCAUGAUCCCGUACCACUUCACCGUGUCUACAGGAGACGACCGUGACGCCAGCACCACCAGUCGAGUUUAUGUCAUCAUCAUCGGCCCAAACGAUCUGGAAACAGAGCGACUCUGGCUCGAUCUGCCAGAAGGGAAGAAAGACUUUGCUGCAGGAAGUAUGGAGCAUUUUCACUGUUUUGGACUCGAUGUGGGCGAAAUUAAAAGAGUUGAGUUGGGUCAUAACGGAGCGACUCCAGAGAGCUGUUGGCUGGUUAAUGAACUGUCUGUAGCUGUGCCCACUAAAGGGAUUCAAUACAACUUCCUGUGCAAAUGUUGGCUCGCCAAAGACAGAGGAGACGGUCUCACAACGAGAGUCUUCAACAUACUGGAUGCCACAACUAUCAGUAUUAUUAGAAAGGUUGUUUACGAGGUGACAGUUGUUACAGGAGACACUCAGAACGCAGGAACAGACACCAACAUUUAUAUCACUGUGUUUGGGGCCAAUGGGAGCACAGAGGAGAUGCUGCUACAGAAAAAUGAGGACAGGUUCGAGAGAGGACAGGAAGACACAUUUAACCUGGAGAUAGAUGACAUCGCUCCCUUGAAAAAACUGCGUGUUCGCGUCGAUGGAACAGGAAGUCGACCUGAUUGGUUCCUUGACAAGAUGAUGAUGAGAAAUCUGAUCACUGAGGACGUGUAUGUCUUCACGUAUGAGGAGUGGCUCUCGAAGACCAAAGGACCCAAAAGAACGAAAGUGUGUGAACUUCCGGCUGUGGUGGACGAUGAGGAGAUGGUGGAGAAAACCACAUAUAUCAUUCAGGUCAAAACCAGUGAUGCUGCAGGUGCUGGUACAGAUGCCAAUGUGUUUCUGAUUGUGUUUGGAGAAAACGGUGACACAGGGACGCUGGCACUGAAGGAAAGCAGCAACAGAAACAAGUUUGAGCGCAAACAGGUGGAUGUGUUCAGAUUCAUGGACGUACUGAGUCUGGGUGAACUGUCAAAGGUCAGAGUGUGGCAUGACAACAAAGGUCCUGCUCCGGGAUGGCAUUUGGAAUACAUUGAUGUAAAAGAUGAUUCGCUGAGUCAAACCUUCCGUUUCCCGUGUGACCGUUGGCUCGCCAAAAAUGAAGACGACGGUCAGAUCAUGAGAGAGCUGGCGUGUGCCAAUAAUGAUAUUCUGGAUCUCAGUGACAAGACCAAAUAUGAGAUCGAGAUCACAACAGCCAACGCUGACGAUGCCGAGACGAAAGAGAACGCUUGGAUCGUGCUGGAGGGAAGGAAAGGACGUUCAAAGGAGUUUAUGAUGGAAAACUCAUCAAAGAAGAAGAGAUUUAUGCGUGGUGCCACGGAUUCGUUUGAGUAUUCCUCCAAAAAUUUGGGAGAGAUAGUUGGUAUUUGUUUGGGCCACAUAACAAAGGAGAAAAAAGUGAAGAGUGGAUCUUUCUGGCGCGUGCAGGAAGUGGUGGUUACCGAGAAAGAGCUUGGAAACAAAUAUUAUUUCACCUGUGACGCUCAAAUCCCACUGGCAGCCAAAAAAGAUGAAUUCAUGACUUUUGAGUGUACCAAAUCUGUGGAGAGUUUCGCCAGCAAAGUCCACAGUUUGGUUCCAGUCAAAUAUGAAAUUAUCGUCAUCACGGGAGACGUGAAGGGAGCCGCCACUGAUGCCAACGUUUUUAUCACGAUCUAUGGCGUCAACGGAGACUCGGGCAAGCGAGCGCUGAAGCAGAAGUUUAGAAACCUGUUUGAAAGAGGACGCACGGACCGCUUCCUGCUGGAGAUGCUGGAUUUGGGUGAACUGUUGAGGGUCAGAAUUGAACAUGACAACAGCAGCACGUCACCCGGAUGGUUCCUGGAGUGUGUGGAGGUCACAAACACCGCCAACUGGGUCACCACCAUAUUUGUUUGUGGAAAGUGGUUGGACAAAAAUAAAGCAGACGGACAAAUUCAAAGAGUGCUCUACCCCAAAUAUUAA